AAGUUCUCCGGGUUCACCGACAACCUGAGACUGCAUGUAUCAAAAUAUAGCUCGCAGUGAAGCACAGCAAUUCUCCCUUACUUUAUCACUUGUUACGAAUUCUAGCAGAGGAUGACAACACCCCUUACGCUAGACGUUAAUCUUUCGUCUGCUGUUGCAAUCGAAGCGACGAAAGCUUUACUUCAUGCUAUUCUAUUUCAUCGCUUGCUGGGUUCUAUUCGACCGCAAACGAUCGAUUGUUUAAAUGUUACAGUUCCAAUUUUGGAUGAUGAGGAACUGGACCAGCAAUUGCUAGCGAAAGCUACCGACUUCGUCGACUCCUUGAAAAGAGACACUUCAAAGGGGAACCAGGUUAUUCUUCUAUUCUACGAGCGACCUCCGAAGAAGACUUGGUUCAGUCGGCACACGACUGAACCUUGGGAGCAAUGGGUUAUCAGCGUCAAUGUCAUUGACGAGGAUCCUCCGUAUGCACAGUCUUCUGAAAGUCUUCAACAGGCCUUAGAGAAACUUGUGCUACUUGUAAAUUCGCGGGUGUGUUCUUACCUUCCCCCAGUUGUAUCUGAAAACGGUCAGUAUCCAUACGAAAUAGUUGUGAACUCUGCGUCCGAAGGCUGGGGAACACUUUUAAAACGAAUGUUGAUUGAAAAUGUCUCUAGCGGUGAAUAG